UAGGUGGACCUAUCUUCCUUAAAUACUUUUCAGCAAGCUAUUCUUUUCACGCUCCUGAUGCUGGGGCACGCUAUCCCCAUCUCUAUCGCUGUUCUGCUCGUGCGGAAAAAGGCCUUUGAAUCAAAACUGAAAGGCCUCUCAAAAAGGUUGGCUCAGGAUAGGGAGUCACGUCCCACGUCCGAAUUUGACAUGCCGCCCAAAGGAGCGGGCGCCACGGUUGCCAAUGGGCAGCCUUCAAACCCGGAUGCCAGUUGUGACAACAAGGUAUCCGAGAUAAGUGAAGCCAGUCUCGUAGAGAAACCGACCGAAUUGAGGGGCGACGACCAUAUUAAAUGGUCUGACGACGAUCAAAUAACGAUAGGUGCACGACCACGCUCGCGCCAUCAGAACCAUCGAGUAUUCCCCAUGGUGGGAGUCGGCGCUCGGCCUGACUUGAUUAACCAUCCGAAAGAUGCCCCCCAAAAUCUGCCUUUGAGGGAGGACGAUGACGUCCAUCGGCUGAAGGGCAUGAUCCAAGGAACACAGAAGUACUUCGCCUCUAAGGGGCUCAUUUCGCGGAACUCUCAGUUCCAUGGCCUCACCGCCGACGAACGCGAGAGACUUGGGGGAGUUGAGUAUAAGGCUGUCUCGUUUGUGGCAGUGAUAGUCGCUCUUUACUGGUUAAUGUUCCUGCUCGUGGGCAUUAUUGGAAUGGGGGGCUGGCUCAAAGCAAACCAUCCAGAAAUCACUCGGACGAACGGUCUCUCCCCGUUCUGGACAGGAGCCUUUUUUGCUGUCUCUGCAUUUGUCAACAGCGGGAUGUCCCUUCUGGACGCAAAUAUGGUUGCACUGCAGAAGAAUGUGUACCCGCUUCUCACCAUGGGUCUCCUGAUUCUCGCCGGGAACACCCUUUAUCCCUGCUUCUUGCGGUUUAUAAUCUGGGCUAUGAGGCGCAUGAUUCCAGAUGGUCCGGCAUGGAAGACAUGGAGGACUACUUUAGACUUUAUCCUGGAUCAUCCCAGAAGGGUCUAUACCAACCUUUUCCCGAGACGCCACACUUGGUAUCUGCUGGGAACCAUCAUUGUCCUGAAUGGCAUUGAUUGGGCCGGUUUCGAGAUCCUCGCAAUCGGAAAUGAACAGAUCGAACAACUGCCGGCAGGCUACCGAAUUUUGGAUGGUUUGUUCCAAGCAUUAGCCGUACGCUCUGGAGGUUUCUACGUCGUAACCAUCUCCGAACUUCGACAGGGGUUGCUCGUGUUAUACGUCCUCAUGAUGUACGUCUCCGCGUUCCCCGUGCUCGUCACCAUGAGGAACACCAACGUCUAUGAAGAACGCUCCCUGGGCGUCUAUGCCCAUGAGGGCGCAGAAUAUGACGCCGACGAUCAAGCCACACCGGGUCUCUUCGUUCGCCUGGUCCGACACCACCUUCUCGGACGGCAAGAUGUCUCUACCACCGAAGGCUCCCGUAGCUAUUUCGUCCACCAACAGCUACGCUCCCAACUCAGCCACGACAUCUGGUGGAUUGCCCUAGCAGUCCUCUUCAUUUCCAUCGCUGAAUCGUCUAAUUUCAACCGCGACCCCGUGAACUACUCUACCUUUAACAUCAUCUUCGAGGUUGUCUCCGCCUACGGUUGCGUCGGCGUUAGUGUCGGCUACCCCGGCAAGAACAGCUCCUUCUGCAGUGCUUGGCAUACUAUUAGCAAAUUGAUCCUGGCGGCAGUUACAUUGCGUGGCCGUCAUCGUGGUCUCCCCGUUGCUAUUGACCAGGCUGUCAUGUUGCCGAGUGAUUCCCUUGCCUGGGCCGAAGAGGAAGAUGCCGCGCUGAGACGGGAGAAAUCUCGUGCUUGGGGGGCUGAUAGGAUGCCCGUUGGGGCUGUUUGAGGUUUCUGUUUGCAGAGAACAGCAUGUGGAAUCCUUGUUUUGGUGAACAUGCUGCAUUCUUGAAAAUUUCUUAACACAGAUUGGAUUUUGGUUUUCUUUCAUGUUCUUGAUUUGAUAUUGUAUUUCCGGCUUUCCGGCUUUCUAACUUUCUGGCUUUCUGGCUUAAUUGUUCGUUCGAUUUAAGUUGUUAAUGUAU